AUGUCUCUGGUGAGCGCCAGUGUAGCCGCUGCCAGCCAGGGCGCUGCUGGUGCCAUCGUUGGAGCCCUCAUCGCCAGUGUCACCGACCCAGUCACCAACAGGGUACUCGUGGAGAGGUGUUCCCUCAAGCAGGCACUGGCUGAGGUUGACGUCGAGAGGUCUAUAAAGUACUUUCAAACCACUCUGCCCACCAAUUUUAUUAAGUUCCCGUUGUUUGAAGUCCUCAACGAGAUCAUUCGCCGCGUCGACAUCCCCAAGGAGCUGCGCGGCGUCAUCACUGGUAUCAUCUUUACCACGGCUACCCUGCCCAUCACCAACUACCGCUUCAACAAGUCUAUGAACAGAGAAGUGGCCCUCACCGACUCUUCUCUGUGGACAGCAUACCUCCCCACCGUGGUUCGGGACGUUAUCUAUGCUAAUUCUCGUAACACCAUAGCUGCCUUUAUGGCGAGGACUUUCCCUAACGCAUCGGACUCGACCGUUGGGCGCAUAUCUACCAUGUUUGUUACGGUGGUUUUGGCCUGCAUCAUCUCCGCACCUGGCAACGAGUGGAGGGGAUACUCUCUCCAGAGACCGGACAGGAAGAAGAGCCCGAAAGAGUUUUUCCAGCUUGAGAGGUUCCUGAGGUCAACCAUCGUGGGAGCCUGUGUGAUGGGAACGAGUCUUGGCGUGGCGACAGUUGUCGGACCUCCGGUGCAGCAAGCUCUACCAAAAUUGAAGGAUCCCAAGGUAUUUUCAAUCAUCGUUCUGUUGGCUGUAUACUUCAUCGCUAAGAAGGGUUGCCGUAAAGAAGAGAAGGCCAAGGUGACUAGCACAUCUGAGUCUUCUUCUGCCUGAGAGUACGAUGAUGACACCCGAUGAGUUGCCUCGUGUAUCAUGCGCGUUUUCAU